UCCCCUUCGCAGGAGGGACGCAAGCUGAGAGGAGAGGGGGAGUGGAAGGAGGGGAGGCGGCGGCGGUGGCGACGCUGGAGCUCUCCGCUCGGGGACCGGCCGACCCGGGGAGCGAGGACGUCGCUCCGCACCGCUCUUCCUCCGGCCGCCGAGCCGUCCCUUCUCGCCAUGUCCCAGAGCAGGCAUCGCGCCGCGGCCCCGCCGCUGGAGCGCGAGGACAGCGGGACCUUCAGUUUGGGCAAGAUGAUUACAGCUAAGCCAGGGAAAACACCGAUUCAGGUAUUACACGAAUACGGCAUGAAGACCAAGAACAUCCCGGUUUAUGAAUGUGAAAGAUCGGAUGUGCAAAUACACGUGCCCACUUUCACCUUCAGAGUAACAGUUGGUGACAUAACGUGCACAGGUGAAGGUACAAGUAAGAAGCUGGCGAAACAUAGAGCUGCAGAGGCUGCCAUAAACAUUUUGAAAGCCAAUGCAAGUAUUUGCUUUGCAGUUCCUGACCCCUUAAUGCCUGACCCUUCCAAGCAACCAAAGAACCAGCUUAAUCCCAUUGGUUCACUACAAGAAUUGGCUAUUCAUCAUGGCUGGAGACUUCCUGAGUAUACCCUUUCCCAGGAGGGAGGACCUGCUCAUAAGAGAGAAUAUACCACAAUUUGCAGGCUAGAGUCAUUUAUGGAAACUGGAAAGGGAGCAUCAAAAAAACAAGCCAAGAGAAAUGCUGCUGAGAAAUUUCUUGCUAAAUUCAGUAAUAUUUCUCCAGAGAACCACAUUUCUUUAACGAAUGUAGUCGGACAUUCUCUAGGGUGUACUUGGCAUUCCUUGAGGAAUUCUCCUGGUGAAAAGAUCAACUUACUGAAAAGAAGCCUCCUCAGUAUUCCAAAUACAGAUUACAUCCAGCUGCUUAGUGAAAUCGCCAAGGAACAAGGUUUUAAUAUAACAUACUUGGAUAUAGUUACCUUCAAAAGAACCUAGAUAUUCUCCAAAGAAGAUAUACAAAUGGCCAACGAGCACAUGAAAAGAUGUUCACUGUCAGUCAUCAGGGAAAUGCAAAUCAAGACCACAGUGAGGUACCAAUUCAUACCUAUUAGGAUGGCUAUAAUGGAGAAAAUAGAAAAUGACAAAUACUGGCACUGGUGUAGAGAAAUUGUAGCCCUCAUAUGUUGGUGGUGGAAUGUAAAAUGGUUCAGCUGCUGUGGAAAACAGGAGUUUUGUAGCUCUCCAAAUGAGUUUCCAUAUGACCCAGCAACUCUACUGCUAGGUAUGUACCCAAAGGAAUUGAAAACUGGUGUUCAAACAAAUACCUGUACACAUGUGUUCACAGCAGUACUAUUCACAAUAGCCAAAAGGUGGAAACAACCUAAAUGUGAAUGAAUAAAUCAAUUGUGGUAUAUAUGUGCAGUGAGGUAUUAUUCAGCCGUGAAAAGGAAUGAAGUUCCAAUAGAUGCUCCAACAUGGAUGAACCUCAAAAACAUUAUACUAAGUGAAAGAAGCCAGACACAAAUUGUCACAUAUUAUAUGAGUCCGUUUAUAUGAAAUUUCCAGUGCAGGUUAAUCCAGAAAUUGGUGGUUGCUAGGGGCAGGGGUAGGAGUGGCGAUGGGGAGCAAGUGCUUAAAUGGGUACAAUGUUUCCUCUUCGGGUGAUAAAAUGAUGACAAUGUUUUGUAACUAGUUAGAGGUGGUGGUUGCACAACAUUGGGAAUGUACUUGAUGCCAUUGAAUAGUUCACUUUAAAAUGGUUAAUUUUAUCUUACGUGAAUUUUAACCCAAUUUAAAAAAAAAAGAACCUGGAUGCUAGAACUGGAAAGCCUCUUCACACAUUAAAUAACCGCAGUGUAUCUGGGUUUUUUCUACUGUGUUGACUCCAGCUGAAACAAUAACAUUUAAUCAUGACCACUUUAAACAAAUCAUAACCUGUUUCUACUUCUUCCUCUUGUCUCGUUCAGCCAUCUUUAGUAAGAGUGAUUCAUGAGUUGAUGAGAAGAACUUUUGUUUCCUGGGUUUAGGUAUUGUUUUUAAAAAGCAUGUACAAUAUGGAACUAGACUCUCUACACAGACUUAGAAGCAAAGAACAUGAAGGCACAAGGGAAGUCUUGCCCUGAACCGUGUGUUUCCUGGUUCAGAUGUCUACUGAAAAGAACCCUACACUUCAUAAUAGGAAAUACAGUCCCUCUAGUUCUCUAGCAACUGGUUUUUUUCCAUUUUAAGAAAGUUGCUGUGGUUCAGUAAUUUGCAAACACUGUUCAACUAGCCGCAUUAGGAUUGCUUUGGGAGCUUGUUUUUUAAAAUGCAGGAAUCUGGCCACUCCAACCCCAAAUCCUGCAUUUCUGAUUGAGCAGGCUGGGGUGAGGCCUAGGUACCUGUAUUUCUUUAAAGUUCCCUCAGGUGAUUAUGAAGCACAGCUGUGUUUGAGAACUACUGCUGUGGCUGAGUGAUUGUGCUUUGUUUUUUGUUUGUUCCUAUGAGAAUGGCAAAGAUGAUGAGUAAGUGGAGUAGCAAACCAUGGAUGCUUACGGAGAAGGACAGUAAUAAAACCUGUAUUGUGUUUACAAAGGAUCUGCUUUGUGUGCACUUGGGAUUAAUCUUUAUGUUUG